UUUUUGACCUUGCGCAUAAAAGCUUUGUAAUGCGAAUAUAUAGAAUGCGAUUAGAUAUACGUAAAUAAUAGGAAAGAAGACAUUUAGAACAAUACAAUUUAUUAUAGCAGAAGUACAGUAAAUGAAUAAUAUCUUUAUAAAAACAAUGUAUAAUGUCGUAUUUAUAAACAUUUCUGAUCAAAACAAGUGUGUUAUUUAAGCAUUUACUGUGACUUAUUUGACCAAGAAAAUUAAGGAACAUUACCGCAUUCUAGUUAAGAUGACAAUGAUUUUGCUAUAUGUUUUUAUCAUUUGUACUUCAAUUUUUGAGGUUACACUUCUGAUGCUUUUUCCGAAUAUUCAAACAAUUGAACAAUUUAUAUCAAAGUAUCGUCAUGGUUCUAAUAAUGAAACAUACAAUCCAUAUAUCGAUCUUAAUACUCCGCAAAUUAUACGAAAAGAAGGUUAUCCUUCCGAGGCACAUGUUAUAUCUACGAAGGAUGGUUAUCUUUUAACGCUUCAUCGAAUUCCGGGAAAAUUCAAAUCACAUCCAGUAUUAGUGCAACACGGUUUAUUAGGGAGUUCUACUGAUUGGGUACUUACUGGUCCAAAAAAGAGUCUUGCUUUUAUAUUAGCCGAUCAUGGAUAUGAUGUAUGGCUUGGUAAUUUUCGUGGUAAUACUUAUUCAAAAGCACAUAAAAGUUUAUCAAUAAAAGAUUUCAGAUUUUGGGAUUUUAGUUGGCAUGAAAUGGGUAUAUAUGAUCUACCAGCGAUGAUAUCAUAUAUUACAAAUCUGAAACAAAGCAAUUUGACAUAUAUUGGUCAUUCUAUGGGAACAACAGCAUUUUAUAUUAUGUCCGCCCUGAUACCAGAUAUUGCUAGCAAGGUUCAAAUGAUGUUUAGUCUUGCCCCAGUUGCUUAUAUGAAACAUAUGAAAAGUCCUCUGCGUUUGCUAGCUCCUUUUGCACAUGAUUUAAAACUGAUUAUAGAUAUUUUAGGUAACAAUGAAUUUCUUCCACAUAAUGAGUUAAUAGAGUAUUUUGCCAAAUAUGGUUGUGAUAUUAAUAUCUUGGAACAUAAAAUAUGUAGCAAUAUAUUAUUUGCCCUUUUUGGAUUUGAUAAAUCUCAGUUUAAUUAUACAUUAAUACCUGUAAUUUUUGGACAUUUGCCAGCUGGUGCUUCAACUAAAACAAUGGUACAUUAUGCACAAGAAAUACAAUCUGGGAAGUUUCAGCAAUUUGAUUAUGGACCAGAACAAAAUUUAAAAAUUUAUAAUAGCGUAGAACCACCUGAUUAUGAUACAUCUAAAAUUUCAGUGCCUAUAGUAUUAUAUUAUGCCAAUAACGAUUGGUGUGCGAGUGUUACAGAUGUUCUUAGAUUGUCAAGAGAAUUAAAAAAUGUUAUCAAACAAUAUAAAAUACCUUAUAUAAAGUUUAAUCAUCUAGAUUUUUUGUGGGCUAUAGAAGCGCCGGAGUUAGUUUAUGAUAAAAUACUAAGUACAAUGAAAGGUAACUAAAGUAUAAAGACAGUAAAAGAAACAUAUUAAUAGAUGUACCAAAGAUUUAUGCUUUUAUUUUUUUUCAUUAAAAUUUUUAUGACAUUGUAAUAAUCAACUUACAUGAGAAUUAUUAUAAGUAUUAGAAAAUAUACAUAAUUAAUAUAAUAAUAUAAAAACUAAAAUAAAAUUAAAUACGCAUAAGUAGUCUAUAUUAUUAAUCGACAGUAUACAUGUUUAUACUUAAAAAUUUUUUAUUUUCAUUGAAUAUUAUAGAAAAAAGUAUGAUCAAUCGAAUAGAAAAAUAGAUACCGAUCGAUCUUUAAUUGUUCGAUCGAUAUCUCUCUUUUUUUAUCGAGAGAGGCAUUGUAAACAUUUCGUUACAAUUAAAGUAAUGAGAUUUUACUUAUUGUUUAUUAGAUACGGAAUACAAAUAUUGGAAAGUUCUAUUUUUUAUUUGUUCGUAUAUGUUAAUAUUCAUGUCUAAAAUUUCAUUUUUCAUGUAACGAUUAGAGGUUUUCAUGAUAUUGCUGUAACAAAAAUGACAUGCUCAAUAAAAUAUUUCUUUUAUUGUUUAAU